UCGUUUUAUUAAGAAUAAGUUGUGAUACGACGCUCCAUCACCUUCUCUAUUUUUUUUUUCACGUCGGCUGCUUCUAUUCUAAGGUGCGCCUAAAGUGCGCAUGGACAUGUCGUACGCAUCCCCAAGCGCUAGAGAUUUGACGUCACUAGCCGCCGGAUUUUCGCCGCCGUCGUGUUCUUCUCCGUCGAGUCAGACCCGUCCCGUCAAGGUCAUCCCUCUUCAGCAUCCCGAUGCGACGUCCUAUCGUGCCGGUUCGCCGUCGAUCCCUUUCGAUAUCUUCUCCGGUGUGACGGCGAAGAUCAAACGCAUGAGUUUGGUCGAUUGGAUGGAUUUGCUUUUCCCUUGCUGCCGUUGGAUUCGAACUUAUCGAUGGGGCGAGUAUUUCAAGCUCGAUCUCAUGGCGGGAAUCACCGUCGGUGUAAUGCUCGUUCCGCAGGCAAUGUCGUAUGCAAAACUAGCUGGGCUUCAACCGAUAUACGGCCUAUAUUCUUCAUUUGUGCCUGUAUUCGUGUACGCCAUAUUCGGCUCAUCUCGUCAGCUUGCAGUUGGUCCUGUAGCACUGGUUUCUCUUCUCGUCUCCAACGCUCUGGGUGGAAUCGUUGAUCCCUCAGAUGAGUUGUAUACCGAACUCGCAAUUUUAUUGGCUCUUCUUGUUGGAAUCUUGGAAUGCAUAAUGGGUCUCUUUAGGCUUGGAUGGAUUAUUCGUUUCAUUAGUCACUCGGUCAUUUCUGGAUUCACCACUGCUUCAGCCAUUGUGAUUGGAUUGUCUCAAGUAAAGUACUUCCUGGGUUAUAACGUUGCCCGGAGCAGCAAGAUUGUGCCUAUAGUAGAGAGCAUAAUAGCCGGAGCCGAUAAGUUUCAAUGGCCUCCUUUCUUGAUGGGAUCCGGAAUUCUCAUGAUCCUUCAAGUGAUGAAGCAUGUGGGGAAAGCGAGGAAGGAACUUCAGUUCUUACGAGCAGCAGGCCCUCUUACAGGAGUUGUGCUUGGUACAACAAUUGCAAAAAUAUUCCAUCCACCUUCCAUAUCAUUGGUGGGUGAUAUUCCGCAGGGCCUACCAACGUUUUCCAUCCCGAAAGAUUUUAGCCAUGUCAAAACUUUGCUUCCGACAACAGCUCUCAUUACUGGUGUUGCCAUACUGGAAUCUGUGGGUAUUGCUAAAGCUCUAGCUGCAAAGAACAGAUACGAGUUGGAUUCAAAUUCAGAGUUGUUCGGUCUCGGUGUUGCAAAUGUAGUUGGUUCUCUCUUCUCAGGAUAUCCAGCAACAGGGUCUUUUUCCCGGUCAGCUGUUAAUAAUGAAAGUGAAGCUAAGACCGGCCUCUCAGGCAUUAUAACAGGAAUUAUCAUCGGAUGUUCUCUUCUGUUCCUGACGCCGGUUUUUAAAUACAUACCACAGUGUGCUCUGGCCGCAAUAGUGAUCUCUGCUGUUAGUGGCUUGGUGGAUUACGAAGAAGCUAUUUUCCUUUGGCGUGUGGACAAGAGAGAUUUUAUUCUUUGGACAAUCACCAGCACCGUAACUCUGUUCUUCGGGAUUGAGAUCGGGGUCCUUGUCGGUGUUGGCUUUUCACUCGCGUUUGUCAUCCACGAGUCUGCAAAUCCCCAUAUCGCUGUCUUGGGCCGUCUUCCCGGAACCACCGUGUAUCGGAACACGAAACAGUAUCCAGAGGCAUAUACUUACAACGGGAUUGUGAUAGUCCGAGUUGAUGCCCCCAUCUACUUUGCAAACAUAAGCUACAUCAAGGACAGGCUACGGGAAUAUGAAGCUGCUGUAGACCGAUGCACAAAACGGGGACCCGAAGUGGAGAGAAUCUACUUCGUUAUUUUGGAACUUUCUCCUGUUACACACAUAGAUUCGAGCGCAGUUGAAGCCUUGAAGGACUUGUAUCAGGAGUACAAAACUCGGGAUAUUCAGCUUGCGAUUUCCAAUCCGAACAAAGACGUCCACUUGACGCUGGCAAAAUCAGGAAUGGUGGAACUCAUUGGCAAAGAAUGGUACUUUGUGAGAGUACAUGAUGCCGUACAGGUCUGUCUUCAGAAUGUUCAGAGAUUGAACCAAACCCCCCGAACCUUUGAAUCGUGCUUCUCGAGAAGAUUCCGGGGCGCAAAACCCGAGAUUUCAUCGCCCUAUGGCGAUCUCGAAUCAGGCAGCAUAAAGCCAUUGGACUCGACCAGUCAGUUGAAGCAGCCACUGUUGCCUCAGGAGCAGUAAGUCAUCUGUACAUAAACAGCCUAAUACGCCCACUUCCUUUUGCCAUUUUCAGCAAAAUGGGCGAUUUAGUUUCUGAGUAUUCUGAUUCUUUUGGGUAUAUGAUUUGUAAUAUAGACUAUAGUCACUGCCAAUGUUCCUUUUUUGUAAAAUUGAAUGGCAGACAAUACAUAGUUAAUGUGGAAAAGAAAACGAAACCAUGUGAAUAGUCUCUCUUCAAUUCAUCACCUCUCUCGUUUGCAAGAGCAAAUGAUAUGUGGAAACACUCGUCUUAUUUCAAGAUAGGGGCAAGUUUCGGUUUCCUUGUUACCAAUACAUAGGAAUAUACCAAA